GAUGGGCUGAAAAUUUCCAGUGUGCUCAUAGUGGAGAGAAGUUCUAUUGGUGGUUUCUUCUCUCCCCAAUCACUCCAAUCCAUUUUGGUUUUGUUCAUCGCCGAAUCCUAUCCUCUUGAGUAUUCACUAUACGUUUCUUGAAUUGUUUGCCUUUAUAUUUCUCAAUCAAAUUUCUCAUAUUAAUCAUCAAUCGUCAAUGGACUUGACCGCGAAGCUUCAUCACCUUGAGCUCAGUUCAAGCUUCCUCACCGGCACUGUAAUUUUGGACACACGGAAGGCCGCUGUUCGACCUUACGUUCGGCCUGCUUCAAGUCGCGUGGUUUCUCAAACCCUUAGAGGUAAUGCUAAUUUGGUUAAAUCCACUCAAUUUAUUGGUACUAGAAGAGCGAAUUUUAGUAUCGCUGCUAGUUCGUCUGCGGUUGCCGUCGAGACAUCGGCGGCAGAAUCCACCACCGAAGAGGACAUUGAGUCUUUGUUUUCGGACACUUCGGUUGAUGAAUUUGAGAAUAGACGUGUGAACAAGCAAUCGAGUACCGGUGCGUCGAGCAUUUCAUCUGGUGUCAAGUUAGAGAACGUGAGCAAAAGCUACAAGGGCGUCACUGUUUUGAAAGAUGUUAGUUGGGAAGUGAAAAAGGGCGAAAAAGUGGGAUUGGUUGGCGUAAAUGGUGCAGGGAAGACGACACAGAUGAGAAUUAUUGCUGGCCAGGAGGAGCCAGACUCGGGGAAUGUGAUAAAAGCCAAGCCAAAUAUGAAAAUUGCUUUUCUAAAUCAAGAAUUUGAGGUAUCUCUGAGUAGGACGGUGAGGGAGGAAUUUCUAAGUGCGUUUAAGGAGGAGAUGGAGAUAGCUGGUAAGUUGGACAAGGUGCAGAAGGCACUUGAGGGUGCUGUGAAUGAUUUAGAAUUGAUGGGAAGGCUUCUAGAUGAGUUUGAUUUGCUCCAGAGGAAGGCCCAGGCAGUAAGCUUGGAUGUAGUAGAUGCAAAGGUAAGUAAAUUGAUGCCAGAACUUGGGUUUUCCUCAGAUGAUUCAGACAGGCUGGUGGCGUCGUUUAGUAGUGGAUGGCAGAUGAGGAUGUCCCUUGGAAAGAUCUUACUUCAGGAGCCAGAUUUAUUACUGUUGGAUGAACCAACAAAUCACCUUGACCUUGACACCAUUGAGUGGCUCGAAGGCUAUCUUAACAAGCAGGAUGUGCCAAUGGUCAUCAUUUCCCAUGACAGGGCUUUUCUUGAUCAGCUGUGUACAAAAAUCGUGGAAACUGACAUGGGUGUAUCCAGAACAUAUGAGGGAAAUUACUCCCAGUAUGUAGUUUCAAAGGCAGCAUGGAUUGAAGCACAGUAUGCUGCAUGGGAGAAACAGCAGAAAGAAAUUGAGCAGACCAAGGACUUAAUAAAUAGGUUAGGUGCUGGAGUGAAUUCUGGCCGUGCUUCAUCUGCUGAGAAGAAGUUGGAGAGACUUCAAGAAGUGGAACUAGUAGAGAAGCCAUUUCAACGGAAACAAAUGAAAAUCAGGUUCCCUGAGCGUGGAAGAAGUGGAAGAUCCGUUGUAACAAUUAAGAACUUGGAAUUUGGAUUUGAAGAUAAAGCGCUCUUCAAAAAAGCCAAUCUUACAAUUGAAAAGGGGGAAAAAAUUGCCGUUAUUGGUCCAAAUGGAUGUGGCAAGAGUACUUUGCUAAAGCUAAUAAUGGGUUUAGAGAAGCCAAACAAGGGUGAAGUUGUGCUUGGGGGGCAUAAUGUAUUACCAAACUAUUUUGAGCAAAAUCAGGCUGAGGCACUUGAUCUGGAGAAGACAGUGCUUGAGACAAUAGAAGAAGCUGCUGAGGACUGGAGGAUUGAUGAUAUUAAAGGACUUCUUGGGCGUUGUAAUUUCAAAUCUGACAUGCUUGACCGGAAAGUUUCUCUACUGAGUGGUGGUGAGAAGGCACGUCUGGCUUUUUGCAAAUUUAUGGUAACACCGUCAACUCUGCUUGUGUUGGACGAACCAACCAAUCACUUGGAUAUACCUUCUAAAGAAAUGCUUGAGGAGGCAAUAAAUGAGUACAAGGGCACUGUUAUUACAGUGUCUCAUGAUCGAUACUUCAUAAAGCAGAUAGUUAAUAGAGUCAUAGAAGUUCAAGAUGGAACUUUGCAGGAUUAUGCAGGAGACUAUAAUUACUAUUUAGAAAAGAAUCUUGAUGCCAGGGCUAGAGAGCUUGAACGGGAGGCAGAGCUUGAAGACAAAGCUCCAAAAGUGAAAGCCAAAUCCAAGAUGUCAAAGGCUGAGAAAGAAGCAAGGAAGAAACAGAAGAUGCAGGCUUUUCAGGCAGCAAAGCAGAAGUCAAAAGGGUCGAAAAAUGCCAAGAGAUGGAAUUGAAUGGCCCGUUUUAUGAGGCCAUAGAAACUCCGCCUUAGAUCAAUUUUACCAUGUAGACAGGAUAGAAUAGAAGGUGAAGUAGCCAUAUUGAGCUAGCUAUUAAAGCUCUUGUAUAGAUCACGCAUGAAUGGACUGACAGCUUUGGAUAUAAUUUUAAUGGAAAAUAGAAGUUUUGUUAUCUCAA